AUGGCAGAAGCCAUAGGAGGGGUUAAAGACGCAUCGAACGAACUCCGAAAGCUCGUGGAUGAGUUACAUUCCCUCGCCCAAGUUCUUUUCGUCUUACAGGAUCAUGCUCGUGGCGACGGGUUGCUUCGAUCCGCGGCACUGCAGAGACUUAAUGACCAAAAUGGACCGCUUUCGGGGUGUGCGUUGGAACUAAAAACACUUCAGAGGAAGUUGGAACCUAAACCGGGGCUGCGGGGAAUGGUGAAGUAUCUUUUGUGGCCACUCAAGGAGAAAGAAACCCUUAAAUAUAUCGAUAGUAUAGAACGGUAUAAGAGCUUGUUCAAUCUAGCGUUGACAACUGAUUAUUUUGCCUUAUCAAGAACUAUUGACGGAUGCAUAGUAGGUUGGCUGCGAAACAAGAUACUUAAUUGGUUAUAUUUCGGAAACUUCGCCCAAAAGCAUGUCGAAAUUAGUGGAAGGAGACAAAAACACACGACGGGUUGGAUUUUUGGAACAGCAGAAUUCAAGAACUGGUUGAAAGAUCAGCCUGAUUAUUUGAUGCUUUGGGGCUAUGGAAUUCCUGGAGCAGGAAAAACAUUUAUAAGCUCUUCGAUAAUCGACUACCUGACAACCCAGAAAUCAGGUAAAAACCUUGUUAGACAACUCGCCCGUCAAAUGGAUCACUUACCGGAAACACUCGAACAGCUAUUGCGCCAAGGGGGUGUUUCUCCUUUGGGAUGUCUUACGUUCUUAUCGCUUGGUGUUAACUACCACAAUAUAUCUAUGGGAUUGGUCCAAUACGCAGCAUACUACCUGGGUUCUCACCUAAAAAAUUGCGAAAAAAGCUCGACAGUGGAUAUCCUACUUGUUUUUCUUAAGAAGCUAAAAGCACUUCGGUAUAGGCCGAACAUAUCGAUUGAUAGAGAUACUGCAAGUAUAGUAGAUUUAGUCUGUACGAGAGAUAGCACACCACUGCAGUCAGCAUGUAUAUUAGGCAAAUUCCGCCUUUUAGAAGAGGUCCCCAGUACUAUAUCGGUUAUCGGAUUCAAAGCACUACUCGCUGCAUCAUCCGCUGGUCAUGAGGAGAUUAUUGAUCUUCUGACUGCAAACGGUGCUGAUAUCCCGUUUCGAAUCUCCAACGGAACGAAUGUACUUCACAUAGCAGUAAGGCAAUAUAGUGCUAUUUACAACGAAAUGGUGAAACUUCUCCGUUCGUUGGUUGGCCUAGUAAUAAGGAGAGGGUAUAUCGAGUUAGUCUUUGUCAUACUUAAACAUUCUCCAGAUAUCUUAUAUCGCGAUGCCCUUAACUUUCCCCCGGUUCACUAUAUGGUCAUCAUGGGGAACCUGGAGGCUGUUUUGUUGUUACUUGAGGAGGGCUGGGAUGUUGAUUUUAAAGGGCCUGAAGGGCGUACCGCGCUUCAUUUUGCAGCGUCUAUUGGUUCUAGCGAGAUGGUCGAACUCUUGCUCCAGAAAGGUGCAAGUCUAUCACUCUACGACGAUGAUGAGGAUACCCCGCUGGAUAAGGCAAUAAGGUCAAAUUGUCAGGAAGUGAUCAUUCAAAUGAUCAAUAGCGGCGCGGAUGUCACGACUAUCAAUGCAAAUGGACGGAGCUCUCUUGAUCUAGCAAUAUCAGAGGGUUCUAGUGAGAUUGUUCGCCUGUUAACCGAGAAGAAUGCGAUCCCAUCAACAUGA